AUGGCCCAUAUGAAGAAACAAAAAACUGAGCAGGAAGAGAAGAUCGGAGAUUUGGAAAAGGAGGUCCGAACAUUGACUGAAGACAGAAGGAAACUAGAGAGUGAAAAUAAAAUGCAAUUUAGAGAUCUAAUGGAGGAAAUACAAAAUCUUCGAGAUGAAAAUAUGGGCAAGGACAAACACAUUGAAAAUCUGAAAGAAAAUAACAUUCAGUGUGAAGAAACCAUAAACAGUUUGCAGAAAGAGCUGAGGAAUCUUGACCGACAGAACAAUGAAAUGGAGAUAAAUAUGGCCCAUAUGAAGAACGAAAAAACUGAGCAGGAAGAGAAGAUCGGAGAUUUGGAAAAUAGAUUUGAUAAGGAAGUUAAUGACCUCAAGCACAGGCUGAUAAACUAUCAAGAUAUGAAUACAGAAAAGGAAGCAGAGAUUGAAAGGUUUAACAAGGAAGCGACUGAACAGGAAGAGAAAAUACAAGAUCUUGAGGAAAUACUCCAGAAUUUACUUGAAGAAAAGAAGAAAUUUAUAAAUGAAAUGGAAAACAAAGUAAAUAACCUUAGUAAAGAGCUCAUUAAACAGCAGGAUCUGGAUAAGGAAAUGAAGGAGGAGAAUGAAAAGUUUAAAAGAGAAAUUGUUGAAUUGAGACAAACGAUUGAAGGUCAGGAAGAUGAGGUCAUCACCUUAAUGGAAGAAAAGAAGAGCCUAAAAGCUGAACAGGAAAAGGAAAUAAAUGACCUCAAACUAGAGUUGCUCAACCUCCAAUUUCUAAACAUGGAAAGGGAGGAGGAGGUAAAACAAGUUGAAAAAGAAUUACUUGAACAUGGACGACUAAUUCAUAGUUUGGAAGAUGAAGUCAUUGCCUUGAUGGAAGAAAAGAAGAACUUAAAAGCUGGACAGGAAAAGGAAAUAAAUGACCUCAAAGUAGAGUUGCUCAAUCUCCAAUCUCUAAACAUGGAAAGGGAGGAAGAGGUAAAACAAGUUGAAAAAGAAUUACUUGAACAUGGACAACUAAUUCAUAGUUUGGAAGACGAGGUCAUUGCCUUGAUGGAAGAAGAGAAAACCCUGAAAGCUGGAUUGGAAAAUGAAAUAAAAGACCUCAAAGAAGAGUUGCUCAACCUCCAAUCUCUAAACAUGGAAAAGGAGGAAGACCUGAAACAAUUUGAAAAAGAGCAAACUGAACGUGGACAAGUAAUUCAUAGUUUGGAAGAUGAGGUCAUCGCCUUAAUGGAAGAAAAGAAGAACUUAAAAGCUGGACAGGAAAAGGAAAUAAAUGACCUCCAAGUAGAGUUGCUCAACCUCCAAUCUCUAAACAUGGAAAAGGAGGAAGACCUGAAACAAUUUGAAAAAGAGCUAACUGAACGUGGACAAGUAAUUCAUAGUUUGGAAGAUGAGGUCAUUGCCUUAAUGGAAGAAAAGAAGAACUUAAAAGCUGGACAGGAAAAGGAAAUAAAUGACCUCAAAGUAGAGUUGCUCAACCUCCAAUCUCUAAACAUGGAAAAGGAGGAAGACCUGAAAACAAUUUUGAAAAAGAGCUAA